CUCAUCAGAGUCGUAACAAGCUCAAUAAAAGUACAAGGAGUCUUAGCUUAUGUUUGUGUUGUGCUGUUCUACUGUGGAUUAAUAUCUCUAAAAGUCCUUAACAGUAUUGUAUUGCUGGGGAAAUCCUGUCAAUAUGUAAAGGAGGCAAAAAUGGAAGAGAAAUUAUUCAAUGCUGUCCCAACUGCCACCCCAGGGAAGGCGGCUGGCAAACAGCAAAGCAUGUUUAAAUCUACCCAAGGAAUUUUCACAGAUGAAAAUGGAUCUACAUCAGUUACCAAUCAGCCUGUGCAUCAGAAGGAGAAUACGCCGUCUUUACUUGUAACAAGCAAUUCUGAUCAAUUUCUGACAACUCCUGAUGGAGACGAAAAAGAUAUAAGCCAGGACAGUUCAGAAUUAAAACACAGGUCUUCAAAGAAAGACUUGUUGGAGAUAGACAGGUUUACUAUUUGUGGAAACAGAAUUGACUAAGAUUUUUUUUUUUUUUAAUCAAUGUGCUAAGGAUACUGAGCUGUUGGGACAGCAGAUGCUACCAGAAUGGACUGUUGCCAAAAAAGGCACAUAAAUAUUUAUUUAAAAACUUAAAUUAUUAAUGGCAAAAAAUCUUAAUUUCUUUCUACAAGUAACUUGGCUUGGUAUCUGGUCAGGUCAAGUAAGUGAUCUUUAACUUGCCUCUUGGAAAAUGUGAUGGAUCGCGAGUCUCUAGCCUGGUGGCAGAGCUGCAGUAUCACUUUUCUGGAAAACAGACUGGAAAAAAAAGCAUAAUCCUGCUCUGCAUUACGAAACCAUGCUUCCAGAACAUACGACUUUUCAUGAAGGUUCCUCCAGUGUAAGGAUAUUCCUGGAAAUGUAUCACAACUUGAGCAGAAGCUUGUCUUUCCCGUUACCUUGUUUUAUUAAACAUCUGCAAGCAGAAUUCAAAACUUGUGCUUAUCUCAACAAACACAUAAAGCGUUGGUUCAUAAAACAGUCAAGAUAGUUAUUCUUGUCAACAAAAAUAUUUUCAAGGUGUAUCUUGACAAUCUUGUAAUCAGAAUAAAAUUGUCUUUA